AUGACAUCAAGAGGACAAAGUGAGACUCAAAAGCUAAAACAGAAUCUCGGAGAACAGCUUGAUCGAUUGGUAGCCCAGCUGGCAGAUUUGGAGGAAUGCAAGUGAGUUGAUCUUUACAAUCUGAUUACUUAUGAUAACCACUUCUUUGAGUUUCCAAAAGUUAAAAUGAGACCUAUUUUACUGUAAUUAGCUUCAGCUUAAUGUUGAAAGCCAAGACACCAAAUUUAACAUUUUUGUUUGUCAACUAUAGAAUUUGUUGUCUUUCCACAAUAACCAACAAUAUUGAAUUUAAUUUGUCCAUUAUCAUCGAUUAUCGGAUCGCUUAAGGUUUUUGAUCAAAUGAAUGAUUAUUAUUGAUGGACAGCACACAACUAAUAGCAAUAAAUAAUAAAUGUUUUCAACUUGUUAUGUUUGGUUUUAAAUUUAUUUUUUUACAAUGUUGCUUAAAUGACUGUUAUCUUUUGUUUGGGAGAGAAUAAUUACCGUUAAGUAUUUAAUUAAUGUUGAUUUAGUAACAGCAUAUAUAAUAAUUUUAUUAUGUUUUUAGGGAAGAUUUAGAUGAUGAUGAAUAUGAGGAAACAAAAAAAGAGACGCUAGAACAACUUAAAGAAUUCAAGGAGACAUUGGAUAAAUUUGCAGCUGGGAAUGUAACUCUGGUUGAUGAGAUCAGCAGCAUGCAGUUGGUAAUUUUUAACAGCUUAAAUACAGUUGAACCUCCUCCAAGCUGCCAUUUAAAAGCCCCCUGGGGUGCUUGUACUUGGAAAUUGCCAAGGCAGAAUAAAAAAAAAAAGAUUUUAUGUGUUGAUUAAUUAUUAGCAAACCAACCCGACCUCCAUUCAGUAGACACUGUAUUCAUGGGACGCUUGCCUCGGUCCCAAGGGUGUCCCCUGAAUAGAGGUUCCAAUGUAAGCUUACAUUGGCCUGCGAACAGCAGACGUUUCUCCUCUCUCAUCGCCACUGAGGGACGUUUUGCGAGGAGGAUAUCUGCGACUCAGCGACAGAAAUCCCAUACUGAUUACGCAAAAUCUGUCCGGAAUCCAGUCAGAAGCACUAAUUGGUCGACGGAGUAGUUUAAUUGUUUAAGUUAUUGUUUACGAAUGACAGACAAAAGACAAAAGGCCGCAAAGGUCAAAUGUAACAAAACAGCCAUUAUUUGUGGAAUAUAGUCUUCUCUAGAAGAAGCAUUUGAGUUUUGCUGGAGCUCAUUCGCAGAUGAACACAACACUUUACCAAAAUCGACCAGGAGAAACGUAAAAUUGAACAAAUUUGUAUUUGAAACCGCAUGACUACCGGAAUUAUUAUGUAAACAUUGAUUUGCGUCAUCAGUAUGGAAUUUCUGUCACUGAGUUGCAGACGUUCCUCCUGCGAAAAGUGCCUCAGCGGCGAUGAGCAAGGAGAAACGUCUGCCGUUCGCAGGCUAAGCUUACAUGGCUGGAAAGCUGUUAUUUGAUAGUGGAUUUGUUUUGGAGACUGACCUGGUCUGGUCAGCCACACUACUGGUUACAGAACCCUUUGUUCGUUACCUGAACCAGAGACAUUUUCAAAUACGUUACUUUAUCAACAGGCCAUUCAGGCAGCCAUAAGUGAAGCUUUUAAAACUCCUGAGGUCAUCCGCUUGUUUGCAAAGAAACAACCUGGACAACUAAGACAAAGACUAGCAGAGGUAUAGGAUGUGAAAUCUUUUAUGGCUGCUUUAAAAAUAACUAGUGAUAAUACAGUUAACAGGGCUCAUGCAGAGUCUUGAAUUCUUGAAAAAGCCUUGAAAUAUAAUUUGCCCAGCAAUUUCCCAGACCUGGAAAAUGUCUGGAAAAUAGAGAUAAAGUCAUGAAACAUUGAUGAGAUCUGGCAGAAAUAGGGGUGGAAAAUGGAAGAAACUGGGAUGUGAACUGGGAGAAAUUGGACUGGGUUAUAUAUAAAGUGGUGUAGAAACAGAAUAUUGUGGGCAGAACUUCUCAGAACUGAAAAAAAUGGCUGGUUACUAGGAGAAAUAGUUUUGAGGUGGGAAUGGAAAUUGGGAAGAUUGGGCUGACAACUGGGAGAAAUUAAUGUUCACUGAAUAAAUGAAUAUUUGUGAUGAAAAAACUCUUGAUAACAAGAAAUUGGGAUAGGAUUUCAAGCUGUUAUAUUAAAUGUCAAGUUUUCAUGUAAGCAAAAUAAUGAUAGCUGCGAAAAGAAAAUCUGCUUUUGAGGGAUCUCUAUUUCUCAUUGUUGAUUGAAGUGAUGUCAUUUCCUGCAGAUGCAAAGAGAUCUUAAGACUGGUCACCUGAGUCAAACAGCAUACACACAACAAGCAGUGGAAAUUUUAACAGCUUUAAAGAAGCUUGGUGAACAGGUAAUGCACAAUAUAUUAUUUGCUAUUACAGUUGACUCUCGAUAACUCGAACCCUUGAUUACUCAAACCGCCUACUGACUCAAAGUAAUUUUUGUUUCCCCUCAGAUCAUUUCUAUAUGAUUUUACCCUCAAUAACUCGAACCAUGUGUUAAGCACAUGACAAGUCUGAAACAUUGAAUUUUUUUCAAAACAACCAUUUCAAUUCUUUGCGUUUACUUUUUCGUCACUCCAGUUCAAAUUCAGUGUCCAUCCUUAAUUCCUAAUUUUCAUUGAAAAUAUCAGUCUAUAUCCCUUACUGCCCUUGAAGUGAAGUGUGCAUGAUAUUACUUGCAUUCCCUCCCCAUCCAUUUGCUUAUUUCCAGUUAUUUGUUUCAAACUCCUGAAAAAUCGAACUCCCAAUAACUCAAACUUUUUUUGCUUUCCCUAGAAUGUCUGAGUUAUCAGAGUCAACUGUAAUGACAAUUGCAAAUUAACAUUGCCACCACUGGAGAUUUAUUUAUCCCAGAAACAUAUCUUUUAAGCAGUUGACUGUCAUAAUCAUAGUGAUGCAUAUGCAGAGAUGUCAUGCCAUGUUUGCAUUACCCCCUGGAUGCCAACAACCCAAAACAAUAUGGUUCCUUAAAAAACAUGGGUCUCGGAAAAUUUUGGCCGGAUCACAGAAUCCGGAAGCCUUUGUGAUGGGUCUCGAAGUCUCGUUUUUGGGUCAGGAUUUUGCAUCUCAUGGUCUCAGUCUUGAAUUUGAAACCAUUCUAUACCCCUUAUACCCCCUUUCCGCCGAUAAGCACAAAUCAAUCCAGUUACCAAAUUAUAUGAAGUCAUAGAGUCCAUACCAUCAAAAUUCACUUUUAUGAAUUGUAUUUACAAAAUAAUUUUUGACAGUAGUGAAAUGUGGCAUGCAAAAAUGCCCCAGAAACUGUACUGUGGAUAAAAAAAUUUUCAAGUUGUAAAGGAAUGGAACACAAAUUUCAUGAAAUAUUUACUAUGAAAACAGUGUUCUUUUAAUAUUUGUACAUGUUUCUUAUCAUGUGAUUUCAGCUCAAACCUCAAGAGGCUGAGUUUCUGGCUGUUAAUACCAAUGCUGCUUUGAGUACCUUUGAAAAAGUUUCUGAAAAUAUUGGUAAGUGCAUGUAUUAUUUAAUUUCAAUACGCCCGCGAUGAUCAGAUUGAUAUAAUACAAGGACUCAGCAGGGCUCGAAAAAAAACUUAAAUUCCAUUUUGUCCUUUUGGGCAAGCAGCUUUCAUUUUUUGUCUGGGGCCACUCUUGCUCCUCUUAGUUAACCCCUUAAGCCCUGAUAUCCACUUACAAAUUCUCCAAACUAAUCUCCAUAGAUUUCCUUAAAAAAUUAGUUGAGAGAAUUUGAUAUUCAUUUACAAAUUCUCCAAACUGAUCUCCACAGAUUUCCUUGAAGAAUUAGUUUGGAGAAUUUGAUAAAAGAUCAAAGCAUUUUCCCCGAGGUGACCCUGGUCAAGUAAGCUUCAAAAGUUACUUGCCCAUCGACAAAGAAAAUCUACUUGUCCGGGAGUACCGGACGAGACAUUUUUCGAGUCCUGCUUCGACUACGUGAAAAGGUAUAAACAAAAAUCCUUCGAUCAUAAAUCUGAGGGUGAGAAUAUUUCAUCGCGUCCAACUUCCAAAUAAACGCCAUCCUCUAAUAUGCACUGCAUUUGAGGUGUAAAAUAUUUGAUAAGCGCCGCGGCGCUUAUUCCAGUGAAUACGGUACAGGGUAACAUGCGUACCAAGACCAGGGGCACCCAACGUCAAUUUUCGGAAAAGAUCUGUACGGAAGACGAUUUUAGAUCUAGAAUUUUCGGAACAUUUGUUGUAAAAUUUCUUGCUUGCCCGCCUCUCCUAGGAUUUUCGAACAUCUAAAAAAUGUUAUAAUUGCCCAUUUUUAAGGAUUUUUACCCUAGAAAGGUCACCUAAAAUUUUCGGGAGCCUUUUUUCUGGCUGAAAUUUUCGAAAAGGUAAGUUUUGAUCCCUAUAAUUUUCGGAUCACUAGACUUUCAGCUAGGAAAUCCGAACAGAUGAAAACUUUCUAGGGGAUAAAAAUAUGCCUAUAUCUACCGUUUACAUACUAAAAUACGUUUAACAAUGCUAUGUUUAAGUGGUUUUGAAGUAUAUUCUCGUUGGGUGCCCCUGUCAAGACUUUAAAUGGCUGCCACCCUCGUUUCUUGACUCUUCACUCCUCCACGCUCGUAUAAUAUACGUUACACGUGUCACGUCCUCUCGGAAACCGGUCGUUUCGAUACAAACUCAAGCAGUGAAAUUGCACAAAAACAUUGUUCACUUCAAGUAUAGUUUGCGAGUGAACAAGAAAAACAUUUUGGGUGAAUAUCUUCCUUCUUUAAGCCAAGUAUGUGGAAUGAUUUACACCUCGACUUGAUAAACUUGUAUCGAGACGACGUGUAUCGAAACAACUUUGUAUCGAAACGACCGGUAACCUUCCCCUCUUACUGUGGAGAAGAAAUAUGAGAAUAGCUACUUGCAGCCUUUAACAAAUAGGAAACUUUUAAAUUCUUUUAAUUUUCCCUUGCAGGGAGCGGGGAUAAACUUCUGAAAGUGGCUGGCUCACAAGUAGAAGAUGCGCAAAAAUGA